GGCCGGUGGUGUGGCAGUGCGGGCAUGACCAGGCUCUCUGAAGCUGAGCCCUGCGAGGGCGGAUACGUGUGUGUGGGUGGGAGCAUGAGCCCUCGCCCUGAUGAUGGGAUUACGGGAUACCUGUGUCCUCCUGGGCACAGCUGUCCAGCGGGUUCGGCACAGGAGGUGCCCUGCGAGGCGGGCACGUACAGCUCCAGCCCGGGCACUGCCAACUGCAGCCUGUGCCCGGCUGGCACCGCGUGCUUGGCCAGGGGUAUGCUGGAACCCGUCCUGUGCCCGCUGGGUUAUUUCUGCCCCAUUGGCACGGCUCUGCCCCUGCCCUGCCCUGCGGGCACUCUGGGGCAAAUGCCUGGUGCCCUGUCCCAGGCCAGCUGUUCCCCCUGCCCCACUGGACACUACUGCAGCUCCCCUGGAUCCUCCCAACCUCAAGGCAUGUGUGAGCAGGGCUUCUUCUGUCAGGGUGGAGCCAGCAGGCCAGCACCCCAGCCCUCGGCUGAGAUGCCCCAGAACGGACCGUGCCCAGCGGGGCACUACUGCCCCCGUGGCACCCUCUCACCUGUGCCCUGCCCCGCUGGCUCCGUCCGCAACCUCGCCGGCGGUGUGUCUGUGGAGAGCUGCUUCUUCUGCCCCGGGGGGUAUUACUGUGAGGGGGAGGGUCUGGACUCCCCCAGCGGAGCCUGUGAUGCAGGGUUCUACUGCCCCUCCGACUCUGCCCCCACCACCCCCCACACCUUCAUCUGCACCAAGGGUCACUUUUGUCCACGGGGCUCCCCGAUGCCCCUGCCCUGUCCGACUGGUCAGUACCAGCCCAACAUCGGCUCGGACUCCUGCAUCCCCUGCCGCCCUGGCUUCUACUGCGAGGAGGCUGUGGUGGGGGACCCUCUACCCUGUCCGCCACACACAUUCUGCCCUGCUGCCACCAUGGUGCCCCAGCCGUGUCCCGACGGCACCUUCACACACCCACACCAGGGGGGUCUGAGGGACGAGAGGGAGUGUCUGCCCUGCCCUCCGGGGAAAUACUGCAGAUUUGCUCCCUGAAAAGCCAUUUGUUUGAGGUGAGCGCUGGUAGGAGAGCACUGAUAAGAGAGCUGGAGGAUAAGUGUAGUCAUACAUUUAGAUCAGAG